ACCUUUCACUGACGGACCAGUAAGCUGUCAAAAAAUCUGAACUCUUCCGUUUGCGUUUUAGCUAGAUGGAAAGAGCUGUAUAUUUAUUGUAAUCUUAUUUCAAUUUCAUGUUUAGUUGACAUGAAAUUAAACGUUGUAUGAGCGUACACCAUAUAUAAGUAUCUCAUUUUAGAUUGAUUUCCGCGUUAGUUCGGAAUUCGUAGGUGAAGAUGGAGAAAUUCGAAGGGUACAUUUUUACUGCUCUCUGCAGCACCAACUUUUUGGUUUCAUGUCUCCUGUUCUCCAAAAUAACUCGGGAGCAAAGGGAGCCCUACAUGGACGAAAUAUUUCACGUCCGUCAAGCUCAGAAAUACUGCUACGGGAAAUUCAACGAGUGGGACCCAAUGAUCACCACGCUUCCUGGCCUGUACCUGGCGUCAGUGGGUGUGAUCAAGCCAGUAGUGUGGCUAGUGGACCUCACAGGGAAGGUAGUGUGUUCUACGGCGAUGCUGCGCUUCAUCAACCUCCUCUUCAACUGUGGCAUCCUCUACCUGCUCUAUCUCAUCAUCUGCAAGCUCCACCUUAAAGAGAAGACUAAGACUGCCUCCCGCAGAGUUCUCUCAGCCCUGUCCCUGUCCACCUUUCCUGUGCUCUACUUCUUCAACUUCCUCUACUACACAGACGCCGGAUCUACUUUCUUCAUCCUCUUCACGUACCUCAUGACCCUGUAUGGCUGUCACAAAGCCUCGGCACUCCUCGGCAUCUUUGCCAUAUUCUUCCGCCAGACCAACAUAAUUUGGGUGGCGUUCUGCGCCGGCACGGUGGUGGCCAACAAGAUGGACGAAACCUGGAGGACGGAACUGUCGAAGAAGAAGGAUGACAAGUCACCCUGUCAGAUACCUUUCUCCGUAAGCGGGGUAAAGAGAGUGAUGCGUUUCCUGUUGGAAUUCCUGACCACAGCCAAUCACGUGAAGGCUGUGAUGCUAGUGGCGUGGCCGUACAUGCUUGUUGCCGUGGGUUUUUUCGCGUUCAUCGUGUUGAAUGAUGGGAUCGUAGUCGGGGACAGAACCAGUCACGAGGCCUGUCUCAACUUCCCUCAGCUCUUCUACUUCUUCUCCUUUGCCCUCUUCUUCUCCAUCCCCACGUCACUGUGCUACCACCGAGCUCUCCGCUUCCUCCAGACCCUCAACAAGCAGCCACUGCUCUACUUACUGAUCACAGGACUAUGCCUGCUCCUAGUGUGGAAGUUCACCUUCGUACACAAGUACCUCCUGGCCGACAACAGACACUUCCCCUUCUACGUGUGGAAUAGGAUUUUCCAGAAGCACGAAGCGGUGCGUUUUGCCCUCAUCCCAGCAUACGUGUUUGCAGCGUGGAACUUCAUGGACACUCUGAAGUCCCGGUCGCUGUUCUGGAGCCUGGCGUUCCUGGUGUGUUUGCUGGCGGCCACAGUGCCUCAGAAGCUGCUAGAGUUCAGGUACUUUAUUGUUCCGUACCUGCUCUACCGCCUCCACAUGCCCCUGCCCACCCUCACCAGACUGGUGCUGGAGUUCCUGCUAUAUACAGCCGUCAACGCAGCCACGCUCUACAUCUUCGUCAACAAGACUUUUCAAUGGCCAAAUACUCCAGCUGUACAGAGGUUUAUGUGGUAGCCUGACCUGAACAGAAGGAACGCAGUCAUUUGGAAAAACCUAUAGGUUAUACAUUUUCUAUUUAAAAUGAGUAGGGCCAGGAGUUUUUCCUGUUGUGAUGAGAUCAUGCUCAGGAAAAAAACCCUGGCCCUAAAUGUGAGAAUGCAUUUCAUGUGAAAAAGACUUCGAAGAGCACAAGACGUUUAUAAUGUACAUUUAAACUGUGAAUUGUACAUUUAAUGAUGUAAUUUGGAUGGAGGAAGAGACCGAAAAAUGUAAAAGCCAUAUUGUAAAGCAGGGAUCUGUGUAUUAUACUGUAUGGUUUAAAGAAACUUUCUUUGUUUUCUGCAAAUGAAGAACAUUCAUGACUUAUCUUAAUUGAACUAUGUGGUAGAGUUAUACGUUUUAUUUAUCCAUAUUUAAUUAUAACAGAUGGUUAAAGGUUGAUAGAGACUAAAUGAUGUGGCUCGAUUUGUAAACAUACAACAUCCCUGACUGUAUUCAAAUAAAUAAAUUAGUCUGUUAUUCCCUAUUCUAUACUGGGAAUAGCAUCCAUAAACCAUGUUAACAAACAUCUGUGUUCACAUUCUGCUGCAAUAUUCUGAAGAGUAAAGUUGUGAUAUACAAUGGGUUAUAAUCAACUUUUUUUCUUUGUACUGUAUUUUAGGUUAUCUCAAUCUUGCCUUCAGCUGCAUUCCCUUGAAUAAUGUUCUUGAACUUCUUUGUGUUUCUUGAGUGUGGUUGGUUGCCCUAAAGUUCCAGAAUCCUUCUCUGUCCUUUAGGUCUAAGAUAUCAUCCAGUAGCUUAACUAUUCAGUCAAUGAUUUAAUAAACAGUCUUUAACAUACAGUACCAGUCAAAAGUUUGGAAACACCUACUCAUUCAAGGGUUUUUCUUUAUU